UAUGAAAACUUGUCAAAAUUCAUCAGAAAGUUUCACUAUUUAAUCAAAUUAUAAUAGAAAUAUUUGAAUCUAAUUAAAAAUAAUAGAAAUUAGACAUUAUAAUACUUACAUAAAGAAGAUGAUAUAGAAAGACGAGUAAGAAUAGAGAUAAUAAUGUAAAAUUACAAAAAGAAGCCAAAUUAUUGAUGAAGUCAAAUAAAAAAAAACUGAAGUGAUUGAUAAGGAUUUAUUAAAAUGUAACAAUAUUUAAAGUUAAACAAUUAUUUGAUGAAAGAAAUUAUGAAGAAGCCCUUUUAGAGAUAGAAGAAAAAAUCAAGCAGAAUGAACUUCUCAAGGAAAAUAAGAAGAAUAAUGAUGAAUUAUUAAUGCAUAAAUGUAGAAAUUUAUUUCAACUACAAAAGCAAUUGUUUUAAUAUAAUUAGAUAAAUAUGAUGAGUUUCUGGAAUGUAUUAAUCAAGCAAUUACUUUAAAUCCAAAAAAUGAAAAGCUUCUUUAUCACAAAGGUAUAAUUUAUCCACAAAUUAUUUAAGGGAUAACGUUAGUGAAGUUAGAUUAAUAUUAAUAGGCUUUUUAAUGUUUUGAUGAAGCAAUAAAAAUCAAUCCUGAUAAUUAAGCAUCUCUAAUUUACCUAGGUAAAGAAGUUUAUUAUUUCAAUAUAGGGAUAACACUAGAAGGUAUAUAUAAUUAUAAUGGGGCUUACAAAUGUUAUAAUGAAGCUUAGAAGUAUGAUCAGAAUUUUUAGUUAUUAAAUAUUCUGAAAGGUAUUAUUCAAUUCAAUUGUAAUUUUAGCUUCAACAUUAUUUUCAAUCUAACAAUACAAAUAGAAGUAAUAGGUAGAAAAUAUGAUGAAGCUAUUGAAUUGUGUGAUAAACCAUUUUCGAAUACUGAUUUGGAUAAAUUUGCUUAUACUACCAAAGGUAUCAUAGAUUAAAGUAAAUUUAAGGAAGGGCAUUACUGAUG